CAAGAUAUCUAACUUUUUGACUUCAUAUUAUAUAUAUGAUAUAUAUUAUGACUUUUGAUUUUUUUUCUUAAAAUUUAAUAUAUAUAUGCCGUGUCCGUGUCCGGUAAAAUUUUAAUUUUGGUGUGUGUCCGUGUCCGUGUCCGUGUCCGUGUCGUGUCCCGUGUCCGUGUCCGUGUCUGUGCUUCUUAGGGUAAGACAUAUGCAUGCUACGUUACUCCAACCAAUCAAUCCUGAACAACAUAGUACCAGGAGUGGACUUAUUCCAUGCAAAGAACGUGUCAGUCAAAGAGCUUAAACGGUUCAACGAGUUGCUGGCUAAUUUGUUAAAUGGUCUUGCAUCCAAAGCUGCAAAUUCCAUGGAGGAUAAUAAGUUUGCAACAGGGGAAGUAAACCUCACAAGCACAGAGACUCUUUAUGAAUUGGUGCAGUGUACUCCUGAUUUGUCCUUGUUUGAUUGCAACAUGUGUUUCAGCAGUGCCAUUGCUUCUGUUCCGAAUUGCUGUGAUGGAAAACAAGGAGCGAGGGUGUUGCUUCCAGGGUGCAAUAUUAGAUAUGAGGUCUACCCUUUUUACAAUAGCACCAAAUCACUUACUCCAUCGGUUCUUCAAUCUCGCCAUUCAGGAAGGAAUCGUGUUGAAGUAGUUCUAGCAUUUGUUACUCCAAUUGUUGCUGCUAUGGUACUGUUUACUUUUGGCAUAUGUUCUGCCAUGGGAAAACAAGGAAGAGAUGUGAUUAAAUUGUGGAAGAAAACGACUGCACUUGCGCUUGAAGAUGAUUGCAGUGGGAAUUGUCAGAAGUGAAUGAUUAAUGUGUUAAGAUGAUCAUGCUACUUCUACCUUCGGAAAUUCAAGAAUGGAUUUCCUUCUUUAUCAAAAGUUACCGAAGUUGCAAACAAAAAUGGCAAACAUAAUUAGAG